AUGUUGCGACGAGCCUCUGGUGCCCGCGAAGCCACCUCGUACCCACUACCGCGCCGUCGCUUCACACGAUACUUUACCUUGAUCAUUGUCUUGAUACUGGUCGGACUUGGUCUCACACUGGCUCGAUUGAGCGCUCUAUCCGAAGCUUCAUUACGAUCCGGCCUCUCAAAACCUCCUCCACCACCGCCCACCUGGGAGAGCUUCCCCUUCCUCAAGCGCUACCAUGGUGGCAUCCGAACACUAGUUUCUCGCGCCGAGAACAAGCCUGAAUUUCCUGAUCCCGAGAACAACACCCUCGAAUCCACUGUUCAGAAAGACCAAGAGAAGCAAACCGCUCCAUCGGAAGACAAGGGUUUCCAGAAGAGAGAUAUACCACAAGGUCAGAGAUUCAAUCCCGUAAAGCAGGACGGUAUCAUCGAGUGCUUCCUAAACGAGGAGAAGAAGAGCAACGUUCCACAACUUUUGGCAUAUUCAGGCGUACCGAAGGGCUUCCCUGACCCUGUUAUGGGCUCAUACGACAUCUUCGGACUCAACGGCGACGUAUGUUUCGAUCGUUUCGGCAGACUUGGUCCCUACGGUCUAGGAUACAGCAAGAGAUGGGGUGGUAGCGGUGCUGGUAUGGACGGUGAGCGCGAAGGUGCUGACCAGGUCUGGGGCGGCAAGACCGAGAUUGACUAUCGCGAAGUCAACUGGGCCCAAGCUCAACAGAAGUGCGCUCAGAAGAAUAAGAAUCGUUUCAAGCCUCUACUCAAGGGUCGCAACCAUUUCUUUACUGAUAUGCCGGUCGGAGGUCCGGAGGACAAGCCUAAGAGGGAGGAGAAGCAAGAGAAGAAGCUGCUAGCCAGACAGGCUGUGGUUAUCAGAACCUGGCAAGACUUCCAGUAUGACGAUGAAGACAUGUUCUAUCUGCGCGCUUUGGUCAACGAACUAUCCUUGCAGUCUGGCGGCGAAUACAAUGUCCACUUCUUGGUUCAUGUGAAGGACAACGAUCUGCCCAUCUGGAGCGAUGACUUUACCUACCAGCGCGUCUUGAAUGACUCGCUACCUCUGGAGUUCAGGGGUAUGGGUACACUUUGGUCAGAGAGACAGAUGAGCCUGAUCUACGGAGGCAUUGCAGAAACAAACUACCGCGGCCUGCCCAUCCACGGCGCAUACAGAUCAACGAACAUGCCCCUAUCCUACUUCGCACACAUGCACCCCGAGUACGACUUCUUCUGGCACUGGGAAAUGGACAUUCGCUACACCGGCCACUUCUACCACCUGUUCGACAAGGUCGGCAAAUGGGCUGACCAACAACCGCGAAAGGGCCUAUGGGAGCGCAACGGCAGAUUCUACAUCCCUUCCGAGCAUGGUUCCUGGGAUGAUUUCAAGCACAUGGUGCGCGUGCAAACCGAACACGGCACAGCCCACAAAUCAGGCAUGUACGAGAAGAUUUCAGGCAACGACAACACUCAAGUCCGCUCGCAACCGCCAAUCUGGGGCCCUCAACCCCCAACCGGCGAAGGCGACAGGAUCGAAACCGAAAACGACCCUCAACCACCUACCACACCAGACAAAGACAACUACUCCUGGGGCGUGGGCGAACAAGCCGACUUCAUAACCUUCAACCCCCUCUUCGAUCCUCACGCCACUAAUUGGAUCCUCGCGGAGGAUGUCACUGGCUACAACACCUCUGCUGGUUUCCCUCCUCGACGUACUGCCAUCAUCACUGCCUCCCGCCUCUCUCAUCGUCUACUAGAAACCAUGCACAGAGAAACCGCUCUGAUGCGCCACUCCAUGUUUUCAGAAAUGUGGCCCGGCUCCUGCGCCCUCCACCACGGACUAAAAGCCGUCUACGCACCCCAUCCCGUCUACAUCGAUCGCCGCUGGCCUACCUCCUACCUCGCCGCCGUCUUCAACAAUGGCCUCCACGGUGCCUCUGGCGGCGCAAGAACAAGCGUUUUCAGUGAUGAACGUCAGCACAAUUUCCUAGGCACGAGUUGGUAUUAUCAUGCUGGCUUCCCAGGCAAUCUUUGGAAGAGGUGGUUGGGGUAUAAAGUUGAUGGGGAUGGAGGUGAGAUGGAGGAGGUGGAAGGGGAGGGAAGGAUGUGUUUGCCUGGUAUGCUUUUGCAUCCGGUCAAACAUGUUGAUUUGAUAUAUGAGCAUAGGGAGGGUGAGUGA